AUGGCGCACUACAAGGAAGACACCCUCGUUGCAGCGAGCACGAUCCUCAAGAGUCUCGCGACGGGGAGCAACUUCGAUUCAUCGCAGCCUGCAGGGUCAAUAAGCUUGCCCGGCCCCGCCACGCCCGCAAAGCUUCAGCUGGAGUUGGAGCUCUCGGCCUUGGUGGACCGAGUACAGAGGCUGGAACUGAAGGCGAAUGUGGUAAAUCACCAGGCUCUGCCGGCCACCCCCAGCGAAUUAGGCUCUCCUUCAGGUUUUGCUGAUGUCGUGACGGGCGGGCAGAAGAAACAUGGUGCUUCGAGGCAGAGUGCGACUGGUUCAUUACUGAACUCGCGGGAGAGCCCCUUCGAUGAACGACCCCAGAAGAUCGCGAAGGUUGCCGACGAUUCCCUCCCCGAGGCCGCCUUUGAAAAGGUGCUCGACCAGGCCGCCCUCAUCCAGCAAGGGAAGCAGGAAUACGAGCUCCUGAAGCAGAAAUGUGUCGAUAUCCAGCGAGAGCAGGAGGAGACCAACCGGCAGGAGUUGGAGCGCGUAAAGACCCUCGAGCGAGAACUCAAGAAGCACCAGCAGGCCAACGAGGCUUUCCAAAAGGCAUUACGAGAGAUUGGAGAGAUUGUCACCGCUGUGGCGAAGGGUGACCUGAGCAAGAAGGUCUUGAUCCACGCAAAGGAGUUGGAUCCUGAGAUUAGCAAGUUCAAGAAGGUUAUCAACACUAUGAUGGACCAACUGCAGACAUUCUCUAGUGAAGUAUCUCGAGUUGCAAGAGAAGUCGGAACCGAAGGUAUCCUUGGUGGCCAAGCACAGAUCGUAGGUGUGGAUGGAAUAUGGAAGGAGCUGACAAACAACGUCAAUGUUAUGGCCCAGAACCUUACAGAUCAAGUCCGUGAAAUCGCCUCGGUCACAACCGCUGUGGCCCAUGGAGAUCUAACCCAGAAGAUCGAGCGACCUGCUCAGGGAGAAAUCCUGCAGUUGCAGCAGACUAUUAAUACCAUGGUGGAUCAAUUGAGAACUUUUGCUUCAGAAGUCACGCGAGUCGCAAGAGAUGUUGGUACUGAAGGUAUCCUUGGUGGACAGGCCGAGAUUGAGGGGGUGAAGGGCAUGUGGAAUACGUUGACUGUUAAUGUAAAUGCCAUGGCGAAUAACCUGACAACUCAGGUCCGAGAUAUCGCCAUGGUUACAACAGCUGUAGCAAAGGGUGAUUUGACUCAGAAAGUCCAAGCCGAGUGUAAAGGAGAAAUCAAGCAGCUUAAGGAGACCAUCAAUUCCAUGGUGGACCAGUUGCAGCAGUUUGCACGAGAAGUCACGAAGAUCGCAAGGGAAGUCGGUACUGAAGGACGACUGGGUGGCCAAGCUACAGUCCACGAUGUUGAAGGCACCUGGAAAGAUCUGACAGAGAACGUCAACGGCAUGGCUAUGAAUCUCACAACCCAAGUACGAGAGAUUGCCAAGGUCACCACUGCCGUGGCCCAAGGCGAUCUGACGAAGAAGAUUAGCGUAGAGGUACAGGGAGAAAUUGCUUCGCUGAAAGACACGAUCAAUACCAUGGUGGAUAGACUGGGCACUUUUGCCUUCGAGGUCAGCAAGGUUGCUAGGGAAGUCGGCACAGAUGGAACCCUAGGUGGGCAGGCUCGCGUCGAGCAUAUUGAGGGUAAAUGGAAGGAUCUGACUGAAAAUGUCAACACCAUGGCUAGCAAUUUGACGUCGCAGGUCCGAGGAAUAUCUACGGUCACGCAAGCUAUUGCCAACGGUGACAUGAGCCAAAAGAUCGAGGUUGAAGCUGCGGGUGAGAUACUCAUUUUGAAGGAGACGAUCAAUAACAUGGUCGAUCGACUGAGUAUUUUCUCAAACGAAGUCCAGAGGGUGGCUAAAGAUGUCGGUGUGGAUGGUAAGAUGGGUGGUCAGGCUGAUGUGGCUGGUAUCGGUGGACGAUGGAAGGAGAUUACAACCGAUGUCAACACAAUGGCUAUGAAUUUGACCGCCCAAGUCAGAGCCUUUGGUGAUAUCACCAACGCAGCGACCGAUGGAGAUUUUACAAAGUUGAUCACAGUCGAAGCAUCUGGAGAGAUGGAUGAACUGAAACAGAAGAUCAAUCUAAUGGUUAAUAAUUUGCGGGAAAGUAUUCAACGAAACACGGCUGCCAGGGAAGCUGCCGAACUUGCGAACAGGACCAAAUCCGAGUUCCUGGCCAAUAUGUCGCAUGAAAUUCGAACUCCUAUGAACGGUAUCAUCGGAAUGACACAGCUCACCUUAGACACGGAUCUUACUCAGUAUCAGCGCGAGAUGUUGAACAUCGUGCAUAAUCUGGCAAACAGUUUAUUGACGAUCAUCGAUGAUAUACUGGAUUUGUCAAAGAUCGAGGCUAAUAGGAUGAUCAUGGAAGAAAUUCCCUACACAUUGCGUGGCACGGUUUUCAAUGCGCUUAAGACACUUGCGGUGAAGGCGAACGAGAAAUUCCUCGACCUUACCUACCGCGUCGAUAGCUCAGUUCCCGAUCACGUCGUCGGCGACUCUUUCCGUCUACGCCAAGUCAUCCUGAAUCUCGUCGGCAACGCCAUCAAGUUCACCGAGCACGGCGAGGUAUCUCUAACAAUCCGCAAGGCUGCACAAGAUCACUGCGCCCCGAACGAAUAUGCCGUUGAGUUUUCCGUCUCUGACACUGGCAUCGGAAUCCAAGCCGACAAGCUGGAUCUGAUUUUCGACACCUUCCAGCAAGCUGAUGGCUCAAUGACGAGGAAGUUUGGAGGUACCGGUCUCGGUCUCUCAAUCUCGAAGAGACUCGUCAAUCUGAUGAGAGGGGACGUCUGGGUCAAGAGCAUAUAUGGCAAAGGCAGCUCGUUCUUCUUCACAUGCACGGUUCGCUUGGCUACAUCUGACAUCGGCUUUAUUCAGAAGCAGCUUGAUGCUUAUCGAGGUCACAAUGUCCUCUUUAUCAACAGGGGGCACAGUGGCCAUGGUACGGACAUCGUUUCUAUGCUUCGGCAGAUUGGUCUCGUGCCUGUGGUUGUGGAUUCCGAAGCAAACGUCAACCUAUCCGGAGGUGGAUCUAAAGUUGCGUCUACCUACGACGUUAUUAUUAUCGACUCUAUCGAUACGGCGGGAAGCUUACGGAAGAUCGACGAGUUCAAGUACAUUCCGAUUGUGCUUUUGGCCCCUGUCGUCCAUGUCAGCCUGAAGUCUGCCCUGGAUCUGGGAAUCACAUCGUACAUGACGACGCCAUGUCUAGCCAUUGAUCUUGGAAAUGGAAUGAUCCCAGCCUUGGAGAACCGAGCGGCACCGUCUCUGGCCGAUAAUACCAAGUCUUUUGAUAUACUUCUGGCGGAAGAUAACAUUGUGAAUCAACGCCUAGCCGUGAAGAUCCUGGAGAAAUACCAUCACGUCGUUACCGUUGUCGGCAAUGGGCAGGAAGCUCUGGAUGCCGUGAAGGAGAAGCGAUACGAUGUCAUCCUUAUGGAUGUGCAAAUGCCCAUAAUGGGAGGAUUCGAAGCUACCGCCAAAAUACGAGAAUAUGAGCGCCAAGGUUCACAUCGCACACCAAUUAUUGCUUUAACAGCUCACGCGAUGCUUGGUGACCGCGAGAAGUGCAUCCAAGCACAGAUGGACGAAUACCUCUCCAAGCCUCUCAAACAGAACCACCUUAUUCAGACGAUAUUGAAAUGUGCAACAUUGGGAGGCGCUCUGUUGGAAAAGGGAAGAGAGAUGCGACCAUCGGCAGGCGGCGAUAAUACUCACGCACUGGCUACAAACGGAGUCUCACCCAUCCCAAAUUCGCAACUACUUCCACCGCUAGAAUCACGCCCAUUCUCAAGCCCAGCAUCUGGCGCCCUCGAGAGUUCCCCACUCGUGCCCGCAGACCAAACCGAUCCAUUAGCUCGUGUAGGUUCACAGCUCCAUCCCGCGAAAACUCCGCUAUCAGAGAUACCAUUCCCCAACCGAUGA